AUUGCAAGUUUGCAACCGGCUCACAGAUGGACAGGAGCCAAGAACCACCGCACGCCGCCGCGGCGAGGGGCGCCGUGGAGGUCAGCCUCCGUCGGUUCGACCUCGCCGACGUCGACGCCAUGAUGGUCUGGGCGUCGGACCCCCAGGUCGCCGCCGUCUGCCGCUGGGAGCCGUACGAGUCGACGGAGCCCCUGCUCGCCUACCUCCGCGACACCGUGCUCCCGCACCCGUGGUUCCGCGCCAUCUGCGUCGCCGCCGCCUUCGACGGCGACGGCGGCGGCGAAGACCGCCCCGUCGGCGCGGUGUCCGUGUCCCCGACGGCGGACGCGUGCCGCGCGGAGCUCGGGUACGUGGUGGCGCGCGCGCACUGGGGCAAGGGCGUGGCCACGGCCGCCGUGAAGCGCGUCGUCGCCGCGGUGUUCGGCGAGGUGGAGGGGCUGGAGCGCGUCGAGGCGCUCGUCGACGUGCGGAACGCGGCGUCGCAGCGCGUGCUGGAGAAGGCCGGGUUCCGGCGGGAGGCCGUGCUGCGCAGCUACUGCGUGCUCAAAGGGGAGGUCAGGGACAUGGUCAUCUACAGCUUCAUCUCCACUGAUCCGCUCGUCAGCUGAUGCUGAUGCAUCAUCCGUGUAAUUAGUUAACCACGUUCAAAUUGCGUGCAAAUUAUGAGAGUGGAUUGUUGUUACAGAUCAAUAAGAACAAGUUUAAUAGUAUAGUCAACUACUAGCCCCAAAUCAUUUAUAGCCAAUGUAAUAACUAAUUCAUACAAUAGUUGUUUACUAUACUAUUAAUACCUUGUUUCACCUGUCAUACACACGUUACGUCUUAGAGUCCGUGAUGUAACUAGCUAUAGAUAUGUAGUCCACAGCUCUCCUCUUUCUUCCUUUAUCUCUUUAAAAUAUGUUUAUAGCUGGCUUGUAGCUUGCUAUUAUACUUGCUAUAAACAGCAUACUUUCUGCUA